GCGCGCUCGGGUGCGUUUACUGUAGAGGCGUGGUUCCCUUGAGUGUCCCGACUUGCCCGCCAGAUACCAGCGCCAUGGAGGAGUACGCUCGGGAGCCUUGCCCAUGGAGGAUUGUGGAUGACUGCGGAGGAGCCUUCACUAUGGGUGUCAUUGGUGGUGGAGUCUUCCAGGCAGUCAAGGGCUUUCGUAAUGCCCCUGUUGGCCUCAGGCAUAAGCUCAGGAACAGUGUCCAGGCCCUGAGAUUACAGGCGCCCCAAAUUCAAGGUAGUUUUGCAGUGUGGGGAGGCCUAUUCUCCACCAUUGAUUGUGGCUUGGUACGACUUCGAGGCAAAGAGGAUCCCUGGAACUCCAUCACCAGUGGUGCCUUGACUGGGGCUGUGCUGGCUGCUCGCAGUGGCCCAUUGGCCAUGGUGGGCUCAGCCAUGAUGGGGGGCAUCCUAUUGGCCCUCAUUGAGGGUGUGGGCAUCCUCCUCACACGCUAUACCGCACAGCAGUUCCGCAAUGCACCUCCAUUCUUCGAAGACCCCAGUCAACUAGGUCCAAAGGAUGGUAGUAGCCCAGCUCCUGGCUAUCCUGGCUACCAACAAUUCCACUGAGGAACCCACUGCCUGCCACCUUGGGAGCUGCUCCUCCCUCCCCAGUCAUCUACCUCCAAGGGAGGGCUGGCUCCCACUUAGCCCUGGAACCUGUCAGAGAGGAGGACCUAUACUAACACCCUUAUCCCAGGGUGGGAGUGGUAUACCCCAGCUGCCCUAACAAAUGGGUCCCUUUUUCUCUCAGGGCAUCCCAGCCCCAUACUCAUAAAAAGCCCUUACCCCAGCUCCUUUGUGUGGCACCCUAAUAAGUAUUUAAAGCCAGUUUGGAAA